UAUUGUUGUUAUCCCCGAGAUAUCUGGGCGCCCGUCGAUAUCAUGGCGUAUGGGGGGGCAAACUUGGUUUCAGGACUUUCUACCUAGUAUCGAAGUUCGGGCUUGUGUUUUAGAGUUUGCUUACGAAAUCGAACACCCGAGGGAAUUUUCUUGGGCCAAAUAUCUAGAACAUGGCAAUGUCCUACUCGACGAGCUAGCCUCCAGCUAUGCGAGCCUCGAGGCGCUUGUUCGUUUGAUGGAACGCAAUGACACGUCAGUCUUCCGCGAAAUUAUAGACUCUGUUCAUGGAGCUAUCUUCCUCGGCUGUCCACAUCCCACGGUGAAUAAGCUGGAUCCAUACAAUAAGUUGAAUCUCCUUCUCAAGACUUGCACAGGACUCUCAAACCAGCUUCUGCAGAGCUUACAGGGGGGAAAUGUACUUGUCUCGAGGCUAUCUAAGCGAUUCGAGAGUCUACCAGUCCAACUCGACGUGAUAUCGGCUUACGAAACUGCACCAACCAAGACUUCCAGCGGCUUUUUUGGAUCCAAAUAUGAUGUUAUUAUAGAUAGGGAAACUGCAGAGAUAGGCGUUGUUGACGAGGAGUUGAUAUGUGUUGACGUCAGCCACUUCGACAUUUGCGAUGUCCCAGCAACGAGUUCCCUCCACCUUGCCAUUGAAAAAAUGCUGAAGGAAGUUCCCAUGGCUCCUCCGCUUAGCACUUAUGCCUUGUCACAGAUAGGCAGGUUUUGCCCGACGUCCGUUGUUUUAUGUUCUUAU